AUGGAUAAUAAGAAAAAAAAGAAUAAGAAUAAAGCUAAAUAAGAACAACAAUCCAAAUAAUAAUAAUAAUAACAAUAAAACUAAUUAGUACCUCAAAAUUAGCAACAUCAUCACGAUCAUAAUUGUCAUGAUCAUCAUGGUAAUGAAGAUCAUCAUCAUGACCAUAAUCAUUGUAAUCAUAGUUUGCCUACUGGUGAUGUUCCUAAUAUCGAUCCAGCCAGUUUAUUAAGUGGUUUGAAUAAAGGAGAAGGAUUACUUGGUAGUUUAAGCAUGAUUCCUAAAUUGACAGAAAUGUUGAAUCAAUUAACCAAUUUCGGAGGUUAAGCCUUCAAACCUGAUGAUCCUCUCCCUGAUUUCACUAAAUUCGAUUAAACUAAGUAAACUUUGGAAGUAGCAAUUGAGGAAUUUUAGUAAACCAUUGAAAAUGUACAAAAGAAAGAUUACACAAAUCUAACAAAGCCCGUUGUGUAAAAGCAACAAUCACAAAAAUUAACCAAAUAACAACAACAAUAAAGAGAUAAAAACAAUUCAAUUAUCAAAUAAAAUAUCGAUUACUUGAAUACAUUGUAAAAGGACCUGAAAAAACUCUUACAAGAUUAAUCUAUGAGUGGAAUCGCACCAAUAUUAAACCAAGGUAUUGAGAACUUAAAUUAAGAUAUCUAAUAUUAUUAAAAGUAGUAAGAAAUUUGAGAAUUAAAUGUUUAAUAUUAAUUAUUAAAUUAUACAAAUU